AACAUCGAGGCGUGGUUUUGGUUUGCAGAUCAGGACAUACCGCGUCAUCAGAAUUGCACAGGAGCCGAAUUAAAGGGUACAAUCGCCCAUGCCAGCAGAAACCGAGGUACCAAAAGUUCACGUAACCGCCCUUUCUUACACGAUACACCACCCCCGCGACACCCCGCCAAACGCGUCAAAGUGAUGGAUUCCAAGAAGAAUGUGCGCACCGCGCUGGGCGCUUUGCCCGAUGCCGCCAAUGCACGCGUUGGUCAGUCACCCGCCGCCAAACCUUCAGCAGCCGCAGGCCAGGAGAACGCUCCCCUCGUCGGGCCGUCCUUCAAGAAACCAGGAAGCAUGAAACGCAAGUCCAUCGACGAGGACUCGCGCUCUAUGUCGCCAGACCCAUCCGAUGUGGUGACCAUGAAAAUGGACGAGGACUGUGACCAAGUCCGCCGUAAGAUCAACCGCUUGCUCGACUCGGGUGAAAUAACCAAGACCGCGUUCGCGAAGGAGAUCGGGGUCGGCGUCAAGUCUGUGACCGGGUUCCUCGCCCAGCACGGCCAUUUAAAGGGUUCCGGUUGCGCCGCGUAUGUUGCGGCGUGGAAGUACUUCAAGAUCCGCGAGAUUGCCGGGGUUAAGCUGCCGACCAACAAGAAGCAAAAGACCACUGGUAGCGUCGCUGGCGAGGGCAGCUCAAGCAGUGCGGCUGGCAAGACUGCGAAGGGGCCCCUCGACCUUAGCGAUAUCGAGCUCGAUGGCGAGGAGUACGAUGACGUGCCCGUAUUUGACACAUGCGACGAGAUCCGGAGGAAGAUCAACGCGCACUUCAAGAAGUCCGGCACCUCGCAGGCCCAGUUCUGCCGCGACGUCCACGCGCAGCUCUACGGCCCGGACCGCCCGGCCAAACCCUUCACGAGCGCCCAGCUUGCCAAAUUCCGCAGCUCCAAGGGUCCCAUCAACGGCGCCAAGUUGCCCCUCUUUUAUGCCUGUUACGUCUUCUUCGAGAAGAUGCGCAUCAAGGAGGGCAAGCCAAAGACCAAACUCCGGUUGGAGAUGGAGGAGCUGUGGGAGCCUCUGGGGCUCCCCCGAGACCGUGAUAGCCGUGACUCCUUCAUAUGCUUCGCCGGCACCCAUCCGUACGUCGAUAAGUAUGGGAAUAUCAGUGUCUUUUGAAACCAAGCCAUUUGCUCUCACACGACGCCCUCACCUUCCUUCGCCCUCGCGAUAGCCGAGGGAACCGAGCAUCUUGAGAUCUUUAUUUUGUCUUUGAGGUCUGGCGACUUUGCCUAGCAUGAUCUGCCAAUGCCC